GGAUUGAUCAUAGGGAUUGCAGUGUUCAUACAGGGAUUGCAGUGCUCGUAUAGGGAUUGCAGUGCUUGUAUAGGGAUUGCAGUGUUCAUACAGGGAUUGCAGUGCUCGUAUAGGGAUUGCAGUGCUCAUAAUAGGGAUUGCAGUGCUCAUAUAGGGAUUUGCAGUGUU